GCUGCUGCCCGCCACACUCCCUAGCUACUCCACCUCCACACGCAGGCGCGGCCGCGCGAGUGGUCUGAAGCGCUCUGCGGACAGGCAUGGCGCCCGUGGAGACGUCCUCGCCGGAGCAGCACGAGGACGCGGGCAAGGCAGCGGCGGCGGCGACGCGGAGCUACUGGCGGUGGCACAAGGACGAUUUCUUCCCGGAGCCAUCGUUCGCGAGCUGGGGCGCCUACCGCCGGGCGCUGGGCGCGACGCCCGCCCGCCUCCGCGACCGUUUCGCCGGCCGCUCCACCGACGCCGCGGAGCUCGGGGCGCUGCGCCGGCGCAGCGAGAACGAGAUGCGCCGAUGCCUCACCUGGUGGGACCUCACGUGGUUCGGCUUCGGCUCCGUCAUCGGCGCCGGGAUCUUCGUGCUCACGGGCCAGGAGGCGCGCGACCACGCCGGCCCCGCCAUCCUGCUCUCCUACGUCGCCUCGGGGCUCUCCGCCAUGCUCUCCGUCUUCUGCUACACCGAGUUCGCCGUCGAGAUCCCCGUCGCCGGCGGGUCCUUCGCGUACCUCCGCGUCGAGCUCGGCGACGUCGCCGCCUUCAUCGCCGCCGCGAACCUCAUCCUCGAGAGCAUCAUCGGCACCGCGGCGGUGGCGCGCUCCUGGACCUCGUACCUCGCCUCGCUCAUCAACAGACCGGCGAGCGCGCUGCGCAUCCAAGCGCCGUCGCUCGUCGAGGGGUACAACGAGCUGGACCCCAUCGCGGUGGUCGUGAUCGCGGUCACCGCGGCGCUGGCCAUGCUGAGCGCCAAGGGCACCUCCCGCGUCAACUGGGUCGCGUCCGCCGUCCACGUGCUCGUCAUCGGCUUCGUCAUCGUCGCCGGGUUCAUCCACGCGAACCCCAGCAACCUGAGGCCCUUCAUGCCGCACGGCGUGCCGGGCGUGUUCCGCGCGGCGGCGAUCGUCUACUUCGCGUACGGCGGGUUCGACAACAUCGCGACCAUGGCGGAGGAGACCAAGAACCCGUCCCGCGACAUCCCGCUGGGGCUGCUGGGCUCCAUGUCCGUCAUCACGGCCAUCUACUGCGUGAUGGCGCUGGUGCUGAGCAUGAUGCAGCCGUACACGGCCAUCGACCGGAGCGCCGCCUACUCGGUGGCGUUCAGCAGCGUGGGGAUGCACUGGGCGCAGUACGUCGUGGCCCUGGGCGCGCUCAAGGGGAUGACCACGGUGCUCCUGGUCGGGGCGCUCGGGCAGGCGCGGUACACCACCCACAUCGCGCGGAGCCACAUCAUCCCGCCGGUGUUCGCGCUCGUGCACCCUAGGACCGGCACGCCCGUGCACGCCACCGCGCUCAUCGCCGUCGCGAGCGCCUGCAUCGCGCUCUUCUCCAGCCUCGACGUGCUCUCCAGCCUGCUCUCCGUCAGCACGCUCUUCAUCUUUAUGAUGAUGGCCACCGCGCUCCUCGUCCGCCGGUACUACGUCAGGGGCGUGACGACCCGGGCGCACGCGCGGCGGUUCGCGGCGCUGCUGCUGCUGGUGAUCGCGUCGUCGGCCGGGAUCGCGGCGUACUGGGGCACCUCGCCGGAGCGGUGGCAGGGGUACGUCGUGCUGGUGCCGGCGUGGGCGGCCGGCACGCUGGGCAUCCAGUUGCUGGUGCCCGCGGCGCGGGCGCCCAAGGUGUGGGGCGUGCCGCUCGUGCCGUGGCUGCCCUCGCUGUCCAUCGCCACCAACCUCUUCCUCAUGGGCUCGCUCGGCAAGGACGCCUUCAUCCGGUUCGGCGUCUGCACCGCCGUCAUGCUCGUCUACUACGUGCUCGUCGGCCUGCACGCCACCUACGACGUCGCGCACGGCGCGUGCGCCGGGGAGGAGGAGGACGAGUUCGCAGCCGCCGAUGAUGACAAGAAGGUGGCCGCGGCCGACGUGGAGAAGGCCGAUGCGGAAGACGGUGUCCGGUAAUCGAUCGGAAGGUUUACCAUGGCUGGUAGCUUCGUGAUGUGUGGUGUACUAGUAAGAUCGUGGCAGCGGAUACGUGCUGCUUGAACAAGAUGUGUUUUGCACCAUCAACCAUACGUGGAAUCUUCGUGAGAUUGUAACCGUAACCGUGGAAAUGCAGUUAUACAUGUGACCCUGAAGAAGUUCAGAUGUUUCCUCACCGUCUCUGG